CGCUUGAUCCAUGCUGCUGCUUUGCGCCGCCGCCACCACCACCGCCGCCACGGGCAAAGCUUUUGAUCCAUCCAUGAGAUUCGCGGUAUGCAUUUUGGGUGAUGUUCGCUUGCUUGUUCUACUUCUUCUUCUCUCCUGGGAUGGAUCGAUCGCCAUCGCGCAGCGCUUGAGCGGCGGGAAUGGAGGCGUAUGAGGCGACCAGGAUUGUCUACUCACGUGUCCAGGCCGUGGAUCCGGAUAACGUGUCCAAGAUCAUGGGAUAUCUCCUCCUUGAGGAUCAAGGCGAGCGCCAGAUCUUCGGCUUGGCCAUGGGUCCCGACGCGCUGCUCCAAUCCGCGGUGGCCAGGGCGAGAAUGCAGCUGGGCUUGCUCGACUCCGCCAGCGCCAGCGCCAGCGCUGCGGCGGCGACCCAAGUCAUGCUCCAGCCGCCAUCGCCAUCGCCGCCGCCGCCGCCGCCUCGAGGAGUUGAUCACAUCCAUUCUCCUCCUCCUCCUCUGGGCUCCGGAUCAUUCCAGCGGCGGCAGCACAGCAGCGGCGCCGCUAGCUUCUCCGGCGGUGUGUUUCCCAAUGACCACUUCUACCCGGAGACGUUCGCGUUCCUCAACAGCAGCAAGAUCAAAGCCGAGACGUCGGGCGCGGGGUGGCCGCUCGACGAUCCCGGGGACGAUCACAUCCAUUUGCGCUGGUCGUGUUGUUGCAACUGGCCCAAGCCUUGCGUCUACUACUCGCGGGGAUUCUGCAAGCACGGCUCUAGCUGCCGCUUCUCGCACGAUCACAUCGUCGAUCCCUCCUCGCCGGGGGGGCCAGACCCUCCUGUCGAUGGCCAGGGACCCCAGCACGAUCAUCCUCCUCCAGAGCAGCAGCAGCAGCAGCAGCAGCAGCAGACGGGAGAUGGAUCAUCACCAUCGCCAUCGUCGCUGGAGCGAUUGGACCGCGAGCUGCAGGAGCUUCUUUCCAGCCGCACCUCGCCGGUUUCCAUCGCCGCGCUGCCGCAGCUCUACUACGAGAGAUUCGGGAGGCCGUUGCAAGCCGAGGGGUACCUGACCGAGAGCCAGCGGCACGGCAAGUCGGGCUACAAUCUCACCAGGCUCCUGUCCAAGCUCAAAGGAAGCAUCACCGUCAUUGAUCGGCCCCAUGGCCAGCACGCGGUCGUCCUGGCCGAAGACGCGCACAAGUUCGCCACCUUCGCAGGCGAGCAUUACGAUCUGAGCGGCGUGAAUCCGAGCUCCAGACAGAUCUACCUCACAUUUCCGGCCGAGAGCUCCUUCAGCGAGGAUGAUGUCAGCAUUCACUUCAGAGCCUACGGCCCAGUCCAGGACGUCCGGAUACCCUUCCAGCAGAAGCGAAUGUUUGGCUUCGUCACCUUUGUCUACCCCGAGACGGUCAAGAUCGUUCUCUCCGAAGGGAAUCCUCACUACAUCUGUGGCGCCCGAGUGCUCGUCAAGCCGUAUCGCGAGCGAGGAAAGCAUGGAGACAGGAAACAUCUGGACAAAUCCGAUUCUUCCAAGUACGUGGAUCUCGCGAGCAAGGACAGCAGCCACGUGUUGAGCUUCCACGACGCUGGCCGUUUCCAAUCCCAGGAUGAUCCUGGGAUUUCUUCCGCCAGCUUCGAGCGCUCCGACAGAAUAACGUUCGGGGUGGCCGAUAAGAAGUUGACAAACUGGGUCACUGCUGCUGCAUCGUGUCCUUCACAAAGGAGUCAAGAACAAACGCUUUGCACGAGAAAUCCAUAGAAAGGUGUCGUACCUCCAUUUCUUUUUUCUCCUUCUUCGUUCUCCACUAAUGAUAUGAUCUUCCUCCUGCCAGAGAAAGAACCAAAAAAGAAAGAACAAAAUACAUACAUCGUCAUGAUUUUACAAACCCAAAGCACGGGGAGGAGCUGCAUGAACUUUGGCGUGGCCCUUUCGAUAGAGAACACCUUUUUUUUUUCCUUCACUAGGAUCUUCUCUAACAGGCUUACCGCGAGAGACGGUCCUGGACAGUAUUCCUACGUACGAAGCUAUAACUCUGCUUGACGAUUGUCAUGAAUAUAACACACCAAAUGCAUACGUA